AACACCGCCACACAAAACCUAUCUCUGCUGUCCACCCCCUAGUGGUAUGUUCAACAAGUUGUCCCAGAUUGGGAAGAACCUCCAGGAUGAGAUAUCGCGAAACUUGAACGAGUUGGGCGAAGAAGAGCGCGGUGGAAGAAGAACGCCGCUGAGACAAUUACAGUCCGCGACGCAAGCGUUGCGUAACGGCUCGCAAGUCUUGAACACCACCACCCCUGAAACAGCCGAAAUGGCCCAACCAGAAGACGACCGGUCCCCAGAGGCCGACCUUGAGCCCGAAAUCCCCGAGGUGGUCACCCCGGAAAUCAAGUCCAAGUUGAAAAAGUUCUCCAAGUAUGAAGACAAGUACCCGCGGUUAUUAGAGGCCUACAAGGUAGAAAAGAUGAAGAGUAGCUUGAUAGCCCAGUUUGAGGGCGUGUUGAAGGAGUACACCCCCGUCAACUCUAUCUCCGAGGUUGGCUCUCUAGUGGAGUAUCUUGACGGCCUCACAGCGAAGACAGAGAUGCUCAACGAAGAGAUGAGACGGUUGACGGCCGAAGGGGCUCAACAGCUUAAAGCCAAGCAGGUGGACACGGAAAGGAUUCAGAAUUUGGAGACGCAAAUCGAGACAUUGGACGCCAAAAUGAGCACCUUGAUGGAAGACAAGGCGGCUGCCGAAGCGGCGCUUGCAAAUUCCUCGGAUGUGGAAGAAUUAAAGGUAGCCGGGGCUAAUAUUGCAGCUCUCGAGUCGUCUACGUCUAGCGAUACGGUUGCCGAGUUGGAGGCCGAGGUUGCUCGCUUACAGUCCGAACGGGAGGCUGACUCUGGGAAGGUCUCUGCUUUAGAGGCCCAGCUCUCUAAGUUAGAAGUCACCCGUGAAAACCACAAAGAAGAACUGGACAAAGCCGCUGAAGCCAUUUCGAAGUUGACCGCUCAUGUUGCCGGCUUGGAAUCCGAUUUGAGCGCAAAGGAAGAAAAGCUUACAGAAGCUGAAAAGUUGCAUGCGUCAGAGAUAGAGAAGCUCACGAAAAAAAUUUCCGAAAGAGACACCUCCGCCAAAGAAGCCGCUGAGAAAACGGACAAAAUCAUCGGCGAUUUAGAACAGGCAAAGAAACAGCUCGAAGCAUCCGAUGCUGGAAACAAGGAGGUGGUUGCCCAGCUUACCGAUGAGAAGGACACUCUUUUCAAGGAACUUGCAUCAAAGGAAUCCAUCAUCGCAUCCUUAACCAUGGCCCAUAAUACCAAGGUCGAAGAGUUGAAGCUGCAGGUGGUUGUGUUGGAGAAACAAGAUGAGACUAACUCCAAGUUGCUUGAGUCCUUCAGGUCUAAAAUCUCGGAAAUAUCCGAUCGGGUUUCCCCGCCUGUUGAGACCCCAACUGAACCAGCCGCUACUCCCGUGUCCAAGAAUGCCAAGAAGAAUAAGAAAAAGAAAAAGAACCAAAGUGAUACGCAAGCACCAGUGGAGGACGUCAAGGAACUUGAGACCUCCCAGGAUCAGCCUUCUAAUGUCGUUGCCGAGCUUUUGGAGUUGAAGGUCAAAUACGAGGUGUUGUCUUCCGAAUGCGAUUCGUUGAAAGGGCAGGAUGCAUUAAAGGACACGUUGAAUCUGGAGUUGCAAGCCAAGGUAUCCAAACUCGAUGAGACGUUGGACGAGUUGCUGGCGACAAAAACCUCUUUGGCGUCCAAGGCUGAGGAAAUUGAGAGUUUGCGGGAUAUGUUGCGGGACGUGGGUAACGAUUUGGUGGCUGCCAGAGACGAGGUCAAGGCGUUGCAGGCUAAGGAAGCAGAAGACAAUGGUCAGCAGAUCCGAGAUUUGAAGGAAAAGAGCGAAGGCUAUGAAUCGACCAUUGUCUCUUUGGAGGCCAAGUUGAAGACCGCCGCUGCCAAUCUCCAACAGUCUGAGACUGCACGCGCCGAAGCAUUGAAGAAACUGAACGCCGCUGUCGAAGAGUUACGAGCCAUCACAUCCAAGUACGAUGAGUUACUGAGUGUUAAGGAUGCAAUUAUGAGCAAGCUCUCUGGAAGUGACAACACCGUUUCUGAAUUGUCCGAGUCGGUCAAGACUUUGGAGGCGAGUGUGUUGGGUCUUGAAACCUCGUUGGAAGCAAAGACGCGUGAGAUCGGUGCUUUGCUCGGCAAGCUCGCCAGCCACGAAGAGACGCUCGAGGCUUUGGCCCAGCAAAAGGCCGUUUUAAUGGGAGAAAAGGAUGAGUUGGCCGCUACGAAUAAAGAGUUGCUCGUGGCGAGAUCGAAUGACACCACCUUGAAGCUUGAGAUUGCGACUUUAAAGUCAUCCCUUCAACAUAAGGACAAGACGGAGGCUGGGUUGGAAGCGCGCAUCAAGGCCAUGGAGACUGAGAAGGCUGCGUUGAAUGACACCGUCACCAGUUUGAAAGUGUCAGUGGGCGAACUCAAGUUGCUCAACAAAUCAGCGUUGGACUCCAAGAAUCAGCUUGUGUCCAAGAGUGAAAAUUUGUCGUCCAUGAACAGGAGCUUGGAGGCAACGUACCAGACCACCUACGCCGAGAAGUCGAAGCUAGUUUCAGAGUUGGAGGCGUUGAAAGACCAGUACGAAGACUUGAAGGAGCACAAGGUGAGUGCCAGUGGCCAGGCGGAAUCCAUCAAAAAGCAGAGCGAAGAGCUUUCAAUGAAGUUUAAGGAAGCUUCCAACCGUGUGGAAACCUUGGAGGAGGAGUUGAACGAAUCGCAGACCAUGCUUCAGGAACGCACCAGGGAGUCUGCAACGAUUCGCAAGUUAUUGUUGGAGGUCGAAAACAGCCAAGACGUCAAGUUCCGGGAAUUGAACGCCAGAUUAAAGUCUUUGGAGGAAGAGAAGGAAGAGAUUGAGAAUGACUACGGCAUGGCUAUGAAGCGCAAGCAGCGUGAGCUUGACGACUUGAAGUACAUCACCGAAUCCCUCAAGACCGACCUCCUCCGGGUGGAAACUAAAUUCUCCAAGGCUAAGGAGUCGCUCGAUAAGACCACCAACCUCAACAAGGAGUUGCAGUACCAGACUCAUUCCAGUAAUGAGACGAGCGACGAAAUCCACGAAACGCUUGAGAAAUUGAGAGAGUCGUUGAACAAGUCGGAGAAGAAGGCCAGAGAGUUGGAGAACUUGAACUCCAUUUUGAAGAAACUCAACGAGGAUUCCAGUUUGAAAUUCGAAAGAUUGACCAAGAACUACAAGAUUGUGGCCAACCAGUUGAAGGGUGUUAAGGAAAAACUAACCGUCGAUGCCUCAUCUCACUCCAAUGGGUCUUCACCUGUUAGCUCGCGGAAAAACUCCAUCAUUGGUGGGGUCUUGCCCAAAGCUCCAAGUGAGUCUACCAACGUAGCAUACGUGAAGAACAUUGUCUUGGGCUUUUUAGAACGCAAAGAGCAGAGACAGCAAUUGUUGCCGGUUGUUAAGACCUUAUUGGAUCUUGAUUCGGACGAAGAAAAACGGUUGUUGACUGCGUUGAAGUAGCGACAGGUAAAAUGCAUUACUGUUUGAGUUUAAAAUAAACGAAUAGAACCUAG